UCCGCCAAGAUCACCCCCGAAGCGUUGCAGGAGAUGCUCCAGCACUACAACCUGAGCCGCCAAGAGUUCAUCAACAUGUACAACAUCCAGCCGCUCGUCUACAUCACCGAGUUGCCGUACAGCGCCAAGACCACCUUCGUCAUCAUGUACAUGCUGAUCUUCGUCCUGGCUCUGGCUGGAAAUAGUUUGGUUAUCUACAUAGUUUUAAAGAAACGGACGAUACAGACGCCCAUCGAUAUUUUUAUUUGCUCUCUGGCGGUCAGUGACCUGCUCAUCACUUUCUUCUGCAUACCUUUCACUUUGCUGCAAAACAUCUCGUCUGAGUGGAUCGGAGGGGUUUUGGUUUGCAAGACAGUUCCCUUUGUACAGACUACAGCCAUAGUGACAGGCAUCCUCACAAUGACCUGCAUUGCCAUUGAGAGAUACCAGGGCAUUGUCUUCCCACUGAAAAUGAGGAUGCAGUACUCAUCGAGAAGAGCAUACAAUAUGAUAGGGCUGGUAUGGAUUGCCUCAGUGAUCGUGGGAUCCCCCAUGCUGUUUGUGCAACAGCUAGAGGUGAAGUACGACUUCCUGUACGAUCACUACCACGUGUGCUGUCAGGAGAGUUGGCGCUCUCUCACUCACAGGCAGGUGUACACCACCUUCAUGAUGGUGGCUCUCUUCCUGCUGCCCCUGACAGCCAUGCUUUUCCUCUACACGCGUAUCGGCAUCGAGUUGUGGAUCCGGAAGCGGGUGGGAGACUCCUCGGUGCUCAACACCAUGAACCGCAGGGAGAUCAGUAAGAUCUCACGAAAAAAGAAAAGAGCCGUGAAAAUGAUGAUUACCAUCGUUCUGCUGUUCACCAUUUGCUGGGCUCCGUUCCACACAGUCCACAUGCUCUUUGAGUACUGUGAUCUGGAAAACAAGUAUGACGGAGUCACCCUCAACAUGAUCAUCGCCAUUGUUCAGGCCGUCGGGUUCUUCAACAGCUUCAACAAUCCCAUCGUGUACGCCUUCAUGAACGAGAACUUCAAGAAGAGCUGCGUGUCCACCCUCUCCCACUGCAUUCAGAAGCCUAACCCGCAGGGCGUCGCCGCGGCGAGGCCCAAACCGUGCGUGCAGUUCAUCAAACCGCAAAGCAGAGAAGCCUUCCCGGUAUCCGAUGAAGUGAAUAGCUUGAACCAGCACUCGGCAGAGAAAGGACCGCCCGGAGAGAGCUCGUUAGAAGCGAUAGGAAAGGUCUCCACCGUCCAAACGGAGCUCCCCGCAAACGGCUCCUGUCAAAGCAAAUGA